UUGUCAGGGAUGAGGACAAUGUGACAGGACAGGACAGGAGUCACAGGGCUGGAGGAUCCAUCCAUGCUGCGAAGACGUUGUGAAGAAUGACCAAAUUAGAUGAUGUGCGCUGAUCGGAUCAGUAUAAGUCGCUAAUUCCCUGACAGCACGCGAUAUCCGCCCAUCCUCGCUCCCCUCCUUAGCUUCUCGCGCUGCCUCCGCUCCCCGGGAGAGGGACGACCUAAACGGGCCGUUGUGUUUUGAGUCGACUAAAAUUGCAGCCCGUGAUAUCCAACCAUGGCCGAGCCUAGAACUGUCGGCCGCUCCCCCUCGCUCCCCUCCUUAGCUUCUUCCCCCGCUCCUUCCGCUCCCGCCACGAAACCCGUGGGAAGGUCAUCCUCGAAACGCGUAGGCCCGAUAUAUCUACUAGUGCUUCCGAUCGUGUUCUUUCUCGGAAUUCUGAGUGGGGGAUGGACCUGUCAGCGCGGCUACUGGCAACGAGUGAUGUCAUUAGAUAAAGAUCAUUAUAAUGAUGCAAUUUCGGUUAAUUCCACCCUAGAUUCUGCAGCAAGUUCCGUGGUUGUAGAUUCUGCCGGCCAUGCAGCCAAUCAGAUCGCAGCUUCGACUGCCGUCCAUGACGAUCAGUCAAAAUCUUCCGUUAGAUCCUCGCCGUCCAUUAAGGCUAAUGUUUCUGACCAGCUUCUAGAUUCAGAUACCCUGCUUCGAUAUAAGGCAGGGAUGGUGGGUCUUAGUGAGUCAUCCGUCCAACCUCCGAAGCUCGCCUUCCUGUUCAUGACACGUGGCCGUCUCCCAUUGGCUCCCUUCUGGGAAAGGUUCUUCAAAGGCCAUGAGGGUUUCUUUUCGAUAUACAUCCACACGGCUCGCGAGUUUCGUUAUAAGCCGGGGGACCUUCCAUCCGCGUUUGAAGGCGCGCAUAUACCGAGUCAAGACGUGCACUGGGGCGAGAUCAGCAUGGUGGACGCUGAGAGACGUCUCCUAGCCAAUGCUCUCCUCGACCCCGGCAACUCGCGCUUCAUCCUCGUUUCCGAGUCCUGUGUGCCCCUCUUUAACUUCACAUUCGUUUACAAGUACCUCCUGGCCUCGCCUGAAGCCUACGUUCGCUUGAAGAACGAGCCGGGGGUGAAUGGGCGAGGGAGGUGGAGGAGGGAGUUUUUGCCUCUAGUGAAGCUGGAGGACUGGAGGAAAGGGGGACAAUGGUUCGUGGUGGAUAGGGAAGCGGCUAGAAUUAUUGUAGCGGACGAGAUUUUUUAUCCUCUUUUUAAGCGGUUCUGCCGGCCGCCAUGUUACGCGGACGAGCACUACAUGCCAACGAUGCUGAAGGUGCUUAUGCAGGGAAAUGUGGCGAACAGGACGGUUACUUGGACGGAUUGGUCCAAGGCAGGGGCUGCGCAUCCCGCGCAGUUUGGUGCGGGUCAGGUGACGGAGAAGCUUAUAGCGAGGAUGAGAGGGCCUCCCAGCUGUAGAGUAGGUGAUGAGGGUGUUCCUUGCUUUUUGUUCGCCCGAAAAUUGAUGCCGGGUGCUUUGACAGAGCUGCUUCAACUGGCUGACUUUAUGGGGAUGUGAUUAUGCCUGCUGUUCCAUCUCAUGUCUGCUCAUAUCUCAUCCGUUAUUGCUUUU